AUGCUGAACUGGACUUUCCUCCCAGAAGAAAGAGAAAUAGAGGCCAACUCGGAGGAAGCCUUCUUAGAGAUGAAGAAGCCAGACCUGAAUGCCUCAAAGGAGCAAAAUGCGUGCAACGUCCCAGAGAGGUACAAGCAAGUCUACCUUCCGAUAACCUACAGCCUCAUCUUCAUCCUGGGGCUGGUCCUCAAUGGGGCUGUCCUCUGGCUCUCCUGCUGCCAAACCAAACCCUGGAGCUGUGCCACCAUCUAUCUGAUGAACCUGAUGGUGGCCGACCUGCUUUAUUUACUGAGCCUGCCUUUCCUCGUCGUCACCUACUCGGUGAGCGACACCUGGUUAUUUGGGGAGACGCUAUGCAGGUUAGUGCGAUUCCUGUUUUACACCAGCCUCUACAGCAACAUCCUUCUGCUGACCUGCAUCUCUGUGCACCGCUUCCUAGGUGUGUGCCACCCGUUGAGCUCACUGCCUUACCGGACUCGCCGGCGUGCCUGGCAAGCUGCUGCUGCCACCUGGACCCUGGUGGUCCUCCAGCUCCUCCCCACACUGGUGUACGCCCGCACGAAGUAUGUAAAUGGCCGGGCGAUCUGCUACGACACAACCAGCCCAGAGAAUUUCGACCGCUUCUUCGCCUACGGCGUGGUUCUGACAUUCUCUGGUUUCCUUCCCCUCCUUGAUCAUUCUGGUGUGUUACUCUCUGAUGGUCAGGAGCCUGACUUCUCCAGUGGAGGUGCUCCCAGAAACAGGCUACAUAACCCGUGCCAAGUCCAUUCGGACCAUCCUGCUGGUGUGCAGCCUCUUCGCCCUCUGUUUUGUGCCCUAUCACAUUGCCCGAUUCUUCUAUUUCAUCACCCGCUUCCGGAACACGCGGGACUGCCAACUCCUGUCGGUAGCCAGCUUAGCCUACAAGAUCUGCAGACCCCUGGCCAGCAUGAGCAGCUGCCUCAAUCCCAUCCUGUACUCCUAUCACGGGGCAACAACAGAGCCCAACUCCUCCAGAAGCUGAGACAGAACAAGGUUGGUGAGCAUCCCACUGGUGUUGUGGAAGGGGCACCUAGGGUUAGGCAGAUCUGGGCACUGCCAGGAUGA